AUGUUCAAAUUAUCGGAGCUUGUGCGUUGGCUUGGCCUAACAGAGUUUGAGAUAUUGGUAAAUCUGUGUGGCCUGCUGGUGUUCACCAUAGCGCUCGCCUUAAAGAUUGCUGGCACAUUCAACAACGUGUUCCCCGAACUGUUGUGCGACUGGUUUAGCAUAUUCAGUCCGCUGUUCUUCAUCGAUAUUUGCAAUGCGUAUUUCUGCGUCAUCGUUGGCAUUCGCAUGUACCUCGACGCGGAAAACAAGCGCAAGGCCCUGCAUCGGUUCAUGUGGAGCACAUAUUUCCUCGUACUUAUCGCCAUCUUUAAAUAUCUGUUGUGCCUCAAACUGUCGGGCAAAACGGGUCUCGAGUACAGCGAAGUCUUUUCGCCCAUCUUCGUGCUGCUGCAAUUGGUUGCAGUGCGCGCCUGCCAGCUGCCUAACUCUAUUUAAAAACUGAAAAUUGUAAACUGUAUAUCUAUAUGUAUAUCCAUGAGAAAUUAUGCCUAUGAUUUAUUUUAUGUAUUAUUGUACGCAAGUUGUGAACAUAGAAAUACAUACAAAGUUUUUUGUAUAA